AUGAAGAUUGAAAAAGUCGAUGAUAUUUUUCAACUUGAUUCCUAUCAAUUAAUUGUUUUGGCUUUCAAUGAGUUUUUGAUUUUCACGAUGCUUUCGAAUGUGGUAAGUUUAUUCGGAAAACAUUUUGAAAAUGAAAUAAUUUUUUGGAAAUAAUUUUUAAAUGUUGAACAUAGAAUGAAAAAAAACAUUUUGAUUCAGCAAAAAAUAGGGCAACAUUCAUUUCUAAAUUAUCAAAUGUAAUUUUGAAUUAUUCUUUUUUUGAACCUUAAUUUUCUACUUUUGAAAAAUAUGAAAAAUGUAUUAGAUAUCUCCCAUAAUUUUCUAAUAGUUUUUCAAGCUAAAAACUGAGGUUUUCUGAAAAUCUCGAGUUUAUUUACUGAAGUUUGAACAUCAAAAUCCCCAUUUUCCAUCCAAUUUUAUUAUAGUUUUUAAUUACUUCUAGAAAACUCUAAAAAAACAUCCAAAGUGUACACGACUUAUCACAGAAUUAUCAUUUAAAAUUUCAAAAAAAAAACAAACUGAUAACAGCACAUGGAAAAAGGUCAUGAAAAAGAAAAACAAAUAAAAUGUAGGUCUUCAAUAUGUUUGGUGCAGCAAAACCUCAUUUGAUUGGAUGUGAUGAUUUGAUUUACAAUGGAACUUUGUCAUCAGAAAGAUGUGCUGAAUAUAAUCAACAUUUUGAUUGUCAAAUUCCAAAUUAUGAAUAUGAAUUUAAAUCAGUUGCAGUGGAAUUUGAGGAAUUGUGUUCUAGACACGAACCAUCUUCAAUGGAUUAUAUUUCAAAUUUAUUUGGAGUUAAUAAUCGAGCAAGAUUCUCAACAACAUCGCAAAUGAUUGGAAUUAUGUUUGGAUCAGCGAUAGCUGGACAGUUGAGUGAUUUAUAUGGGAGAAAACGAGUCACUUUAUUAUUUCUUUGUAUGAUGUUAUUUUUCUCAACAACUUCUUCGAUCUCUCCAACAAUCGAUGUUUAUGUCAUUUUUCGAUUUUUCAUUGGAAUUUGUUGCGGUGGUUUAACAACGUAAGUUUUUCUUCAAUUUUUGAUCAAUUAAAAAAAAGUUUUCUUCAGAGUUGGCCAAAUUUUAGUUGUUGAAAAUCUUCCAUCUGCACAUCGUUUAUGGAUGAGUACUGUAGUUACAUGGGCACCAAAUUAUAUACUUUUUGCUUUAUUCGCUUAUAUAACUGGAGAAUGGAGAUGUUUAGCAAGAAUGUGUAAUGCAAUGACACUUGUUGCUAUUCUUAUUUUGAUAUUUUUAUUACCGGAAAGUCCAAAAUAUUUGGUUCAAUCGAGAAAACGAGUUGAAGCUAUAACUGCGAUCAAAUAUAUCAAUAAAUUCAAGAAGAAUGAAUCAAAAAUGACGGAUGUUGAAAUUGAAAAAUUGGUUGUUGAUUCAAUUGAUAAAGCUGAAAAAUCGAGAGCAAAAGCAAAGAAAUAUAGUUUCAUCCAUCUCUAUUCUCAUCCAAAAAUUGCUCUGAAAACAUUAGUUGCAUCACUUUCUAUGUAGGUUUCGGUAAAUCUUCCAAAUAUCAAUUCAUAAAAAAUUAUUCCAGGUUUUCAGUAAGUUAUGUAACAUACGGUUUAUUAUUUAAUUAUGAUGUUUUAACUGGGUCAAUUUAUAUGAAUGCAGCUGUUUCUGGUCUCCUUCGUUAUUUUGUUGGAGCUGUUGUUGCAGUUUUAGAUCAUUUUGGUGGAGCGCAUAUUGGAAGAAAGAGAAUGCAUUUUAGCACUGUUUCAUUUAUUAUGCUUUGUAUGUUUGGAAUUUUCUUUAUUUAUUAUAAUGGUUAGUUUGAUAGCAGGAUUUUGCUGGAGCGGGGUGAAAAGCUGAAAAAUUCAAAUUCCGUUUGGAAUAAAAAAUUUUCAUUUUUUUUUCGAGAAAGCCGGUUUUGGUUUAAAAAAGCACCUUUGUUGACCAAAUCAAAAGCUUCCCGAGACGAUCCAAAAAUUCCUAAUAAAAAUAUACCCUAUUUAUCUACAGAAAUGGUAGCCGAAUAUCGAUCGUGGAUUCGAGCUCUAACACUUCUUGCAUUCGGAACAACAGGCUGUUUAUUUUUGCAACUUUUAUUGAUAACUGCUGAAAUGUUUCCAACUGGAAUUCGAAAUAUCGCAUCAGCUCAUAUCAAUGUUUGUGGAAGAGUUGGAAAUGUUUUUGGACCAAUGGUUUUCAGCUAUGUGAGUUUUAUGAUUAUUUUUUUUUGAAAAAUUAAAAAUUAACAGAAGGUUAAUUUCUUUUUUUCAGAACUUGGGAUUUGCUGGCUCCGCAUACUUCAUUCUUGGCUUAUUUUGCCUUUUCGAUGUCAUAACUUUCCAUAUUUUCAUUCCUGAAACAAAAAAUCAACCUUUGCCACAAGAAAUGCCAUCAAGAAAAAAGAAACCAAAUGCAUUAUUAAAAAUCGAAGAACAAGAUGGAAAUUGA